CCAUAGUUGACAAGAGGAAAUCACAAGAGAGCAGAGAGCACAGAGCGGGCGAGAAUGGGAGGCGCAGUGUCGAGCGACGCUCAGAUCAACGAGGCGUACAAGCGCAUGAGCUUCAAGCACCGGAUCAUUUUCAGAAUCGUCCAUUUCGUCGACAAACACACGGCGUGGCACAAGCUCCCGCUUGUGUUCUCGCUGUUUUAUCUCGACAUCCGGAGGACACUCCACCAAAACUACAACUUGAAGUACGUCGGACCUCCAAUCUCAGAAGAAGAGAAAAAAGCCGCGCAGGAUGACUGCAUAGCUCCGCCUUUCCGGAAGAAAAAAUCCAGUGGCGAGCACGUCAAUGUCAAAAGUGGCGACUAUGGAUCAUUCAUUGGGAGAAAUGCCUUUGCUCCAGCAUCCGGAUCCGAGGAACUUUUGGAUCCACAUCCCAGUGUUGUGGCGACCAAAUUUCUGUCGAGAAAGGAAUCCGAAUUCGCGGACACGGGCAAGCAGUUCAACAUGAUCGCGGCGUCCUGGAUCCAGUUUAUGAUCCACGACUGGGUCGACCACCAGGAAGACACAAAAGAGCAAGAGAUUGUAGCUCCGGAAUCAGUCGCAGCGCAGUGUCCCUUGAAGGAAUUUCGGUUCCUCCGCACGAAAGAGGACGAAACGGGCUCGCAAGACAUCCCUUUGGGGCAUAGGAACAUGAGAACAUCGUGGUGGGAUGGGAGUGUUCUAUACGGGAGCCACGACGGUGCGCUGGCGAGGGUGCGCACUGGCAAAGAUGGAAAACUUAAGAUCGGCCAAAAUGGCCUCCUUGAGCGCGACGAUCACGGCGUCGCCAUCUCCGGCGAUGUCAAGAACACCUGGGCCGGGGUUUCGAUUCUCCAGGCGCUUUUCGUCAAGGAGCACAAUGCCGUGUGUGACAUGCUCAAGAGGACGCAUCCGGAAUUCGGGGACGAAGAGCUCUACCUUCAUGCGAGAUUGGUCGUCGCUGCCGUGAUUGCCAAGAUUCACACCAUCGACUGGACUGUGGAGCUGCUCAAGACGAAAGCGCUCGACAUUGGAAUGCAUGCAAACUGGUAUGGUUUACUGGGGAAGAGAAUCAAGAGCUGGAUCGGGCACACUGGAUCCUCGCUGCUGAGUGGAUUUAUUGGAAUGAAGGAGCCAAUAAACCACGGCGUUCCUUACGCCUUGACGGAGGAGUUUACGUGCGUUUAUCGCCUCCAUCCUUUGCUACCAGACGACAUUGUGCUGAGAGACAUCACUGGCAGUGGGGAAGAGAAACAAACCAAGACUCCUCGAGCCACUGGAAAGAGAAUUCCCAUGAUCGAGCUCAUUGGAAGUGAGGGAGAAAACGCUGGUAGCAUUGGAAACGAGAGAAUGAUCGCGUCGCUUGGGCAUCAAGCUUGUGGAGCGCUCGUUCUUUUCAACUAUCCGCAGUGGAUGAGGGACCUUCCCCAGACUGGAACCGACGGCAUAAACCGCCCGAAUCACGUCGACAUGGCCGCCCUCGAGAUUUACCGUGAUCGCGAAAGAAAAGUUGCAAGAUACAAUGCCUUUCGGAGAAACAUGUUGAUGAUUCCAAUCAAGAAGUGGGAGGAUCUCACCGAUGACAAACAAACACUCGCCUUGCUGAGGGAGGUAUACGGCGAGGACGUGGAGAAGCUCGACUUGCUCGUCGGCUUGCUGGCGGAGAAGAAGAUCAAAGGCUUCGCCAUUAGCGAGACGUCGUUUUUCAUCUUUCUCCUCAUGGCCACCAGGAGGCUAGAAGCUGAUCGAUUCUUUACCUCAAACUUUAACGCCAAGAGCUACACCAAGGAGGGACUGGCGUGGGUGAACAACACCGAGAGCCUCAAAGACGUCCUCCAGAGGCACCACGGCAACUUGGUUGAUAAGUGGCUAAACGCACGCAGCGCAUUCAGCGUGUGGAGUGCGUGAAAGUUCCCUCGAUCUUUCUUGGUUGUGCCAGUAACUUCUCUUCUAUCCAGACUCUUUCCUCAAGAUAUACUUAUCUCAUACGUCUCAUACGUCCACGAACUGUAUGUCAAGAGUUUGUGGAUCGAGUUGCCAGACGUUGAGAGCCGCGUACUCUUCCAAGCAUUGCCUGAGUUGAGCUUCCUUGUACCCCUGGAAAUGAAACAAGCAUUAAAGAAUAAAGAGAGCGGAGAACUUUGGCAUCGCAAAA